AUGUUUCGAGUUUUUCUGUUAUAUUCGUUCGUUUUCUGUCUUAAUGGAAAUGAAAACGUCCGAAUCGAUCAAGUAUUUAAGGACACUUUGGAUUGCAAGAUUAAAUCUAACAAAACUGUAGGACUAACGGUAUCAGUUGUCAAAUCUGACAAAGUUCUGUUCGUUGGAGGAUAUGGCUUUGUGGAUAUAGAAAAGAAGACUCCUGUGACAGGAGAUACACUUUUUCAAAUAGCAUCACUGUCAAAAGCAUUUGCAAGUGUUCUGCUAGCAAAGCUUAUAGAGGAGGAAACAAACUAUACCUUGGAUACAAGACUAAAGAAAAUUCUACAUGGAAAGAAGAUUUUCUACGACAGUUUAAGAUCCGACUACGUCACACUACGAGAUUUACUUUCCCACAAAACAGGUAUCCCGAAACAUAAUGAGAUGAGAUUUGACACUGAUCUUACCCGGAAAAAUGUAGUAGAUCGACUUAAAUAUCUGAAACCAGAGGGUAUAUUUAGAGGUAGUUACAUGUAUAAUAAUUUGAUGUAUGGAGUUGUCACCUACCUUGCUGAACUCAUAGGCAAUGAUUCAUGGAUUAAGACUCCUGUGACAGGAGAUACACUUUUUCAAAUAGCAUCACUGUCAAAAGCAUUUGCAAGUGUUCUGCUAGCAAAGCUUAUAGAGGAGGAAACAAACUAUACCUUGGAUACAAGACUAAAGAAAAUUCUACAUGGAAAGAAGAUUUUCUACGACAGUUUAAGAUCCGACUACGUCACACUACGAGAUUUACUUUCCCACAAAACAGGUAUCCCGAAACAUAAUGAGAUGAGAUUUGACACUGAUCUUACCCGGAAAAAUGUAGUAGAUCGACUUAAAUAUCUGAAACCAGAGGGUAUAUUUAGAGGUAGUUACAUGUAUAAUAAUUUGAUGUAUGGAGUUGUCACCUACCUUGCUGAACUCAUAGGCAAUGAUUCAUGGAUUAAGACUCCUGUGACAGGAGAUACACUUUUUCAAAUAGCAUCACUGUCAAAAGCAUUUGCAAGUGUUCUGCUAGCAAAGCUUAUAGAGGAGGAAACAAACUAUACCUUGGAUACAAGACUAAAGAAAAUUCUACAUGGAAAGAAGAUUUUCUACGACAGUUUAAGAUCCGACUACGUCACACUACGAGAUUUACUUUCCCACAAAACAGGUAUCCCGAAACAUAAUGAGAUGAGAUUUGACACUGAUCUUACCCGGAAAAAUGUAGUAGAUCGACUUAAAUAUCUGAAACCAGAGGGUAUAUUUAGAGGUAGUUACAUGUAUAAUAAUUUGAUGUAUGGAGUUGUCACCUACCUUGCUGAACUCAUAGGCAAUGAUUCAUGGAUUAAGACUCCUGUGACAGGAGAUACACUUUUUCAAAUAGCAUCACUGUCAAAAGCAUUUGCAAGUGUUCUGCUAGCAAAGCUUAUAGAGGAGGAAACAAACUAUACCUUGGAUACAAGACUAAAGAAAAUUCUACAUGGAAAGAAGAUUUUCUACGACAGUUUAAGAUCCGACUACGUCACACUACGAGAUUUACUUUCCCACAAAACAGGUAUCCCGAAACAUAAUGAGAUGAGAUUUGACACUGAUCUUACCCGGAAAAAUGUAGUAGAUCGACUUAAAUAUCUGAAACCAGAGGGUAUAUUUAGAGGUAGUUACAUGUAUAAUAAUUUGAUGUAUGGAGUUGUCACCUACCUUGCUGAACUCAUAGGCAAUGAUUCAUGGAUUGCAAGAUUAAAUCUAACAAAACUCUAUACCUUGGAUACAAGACUAAAGAAAAUUCUACAUGGAAAGAAGAUUUUCUACGACAGUUUAAGAUCCGACUACGUCACACUACGAGAUUUACUUUCCCACAAAACAGGUAUCCCGAAACAUAAUGAGAUGAGAUUUGACACUGAUCUUACCCGGAAAAAUGUAGUAGAUCGACUUAAAUAUCUGAAACCAGAGGGUAUAUUUAGAGGUAGUUACAUGUAUAAUAAUUUGAUGUAUGGAGUUGUCACCUACCUUGCUGAACUCAUAGGCAAUGAUUCAUGGGAGAAUUUAGUAACAAAGCACAUAUUUGAAUCUUUAGGAAUGAAUACAUCAACAUUUGCUACAACAGCAGACCUAGGAAAGAUAUCGCUGGCCAAAGGAUACGUGGAAUAUUACGGUGAUCUCCAUCCGGUCGAAUACAACUUCACAAGGCAAGUAUUAUUAUGUAUUUAUAAAAUUUGA